UUCAGUGAAGGGAAAAUGGCGGCCACCUACAACAGCUUCAGUUUGCACACGACGCCUGAGAAGUUCUACAUUGAGGCGUGUGACGAUGGCGCUAACGAAGUGCUUGCGAUUGACCGGGUGUCUACAGAGAUGACGCUGAUAGGGAUGAAAGACAUCCCGCCUUCAGCAGUGACCCGGCCGAUAUGUGGCAUCAUGGGAACGAUCCGGCUGGUAGCAGGCAUGUACCUCAUCGUGAUCACCAAGAAGAGGAAAGUGGGGGAUCUGCUGGGACACGCCGUGUGGAAGGCCGUGGAGUUCGACGUGAUCUCGUAUAAGAAGACGGUGCUGCACCUCACAGACACGCAGAUGCAGGACAACAAGGCCUUCCUCGCGAUGAUCAACAGCAUCCUGAACACAGACGGCUUUUACUUCGCCACUGAUUACGACCUCACACACACCCUGCAGCGCCUCGCCAACACCAGCCCAGAGUUUCAGGAGAUGAGUCUGCUGGAGAGGGCGGAUCAGAGGUUUGUGUGGAACGGCCACUUGCUGAGAGACUUCAGCACACAGCCUGAGCUGCACAGAUUCGCCUGUCCUGUGAUCCACGGCUUCAUCGCUAUGAAGUCCUGCUGCAUCAACGGGAAGAUCUUCGACUGGAACCUGAUCUCCAGGAGGAGCUGCUUCCGCGCCGGCGUUCGGUACUACGUCCGAGGGAUCGACUCUGAGGGUCACGCGGCAAACUUCGUGGAGACGGAGCAGAUCGUUCAGUAUAGCGGCGCCAAGGCUUCGUUCAUUCAAACACGUGGCUCCAUUCCGUUCUUCUGGUCCCAGCGUCCAAACCUGAAAUACAAACCCAAACCGCAGAUCAGCAAGAGUGGCAAUCACCUGGAUGGUUUUCAGAGACAUUUUGACUCGCAGAUCAUAACCUACGGCCGACAAGUCAUUUUAAAUCUGAUUAAUCAGAAAGGUUCUGAGAAACCUCUCGAGCUCGCUUUUGCCAAGAUGGUGGAGAGUCUCGGCAACGGCAUGAUCAAGUACGUGGCCUUUGACUUUCAUAAGGAGUGCAGUAGGAUGAGGUGGCAUCGGCUGCAGAUCCUGGUGGACACAGUGGCCGAGCAGCAGGACGACUUCGGCUUCUUCCUGGUGGAUGCAGACGGAACGGUCCAAAUGCAGCAGGAGGGGACGUUCCGGAGCAACUGUAUGGAUUGUCUGGACCGUACCAAUGUGGUUCAGAGCCUCCUGGCCAGACGAUCGCUUCAGUCUCAGCUGCAGAGAAUGGGCGUCCUGUAUGUUGGACAGAGAAUCGAGGAUCAGGUUGAUUUUGAAAAGAUUUACAAGAACGCGUGGGCCGACAACGCUAACGCGUGUGCUAAGCAGUACGCUGGGACAGGAGCACUGAAGACAGACUUCACACGGACGGGGAAGAGGACACAGUGGGGGUUAGUGAUGGACGGCUGGAACUCGAUGAUCAGAUAUUACAAGAACAAUUUCUCAGAUGGAUUCAGACAAGACUCCAUCGAUCUGUUUUUAGGAAACUACGCUGUAGAUGAAGUGGACAUGAGCACUACUCUCCAUGAAGCCAAAGACUGGAAGUUUCUCACGCUGCCAAUCAUCAUGGUGGUGGCGUUCUCCAUGUGCAUUAUCUGCCUGCUCAUGGCUGGUGAGACGUGGACGGAGACGUUAGCGUACGUGCUGUUCUGGGGAAUGGCGAGCGUGGUCACGGCCGGUGUGAUCCUCUUCAACGGCCGAGACUUCGUGGACGCGCCCAGGCUGGUCCAGAAGGAGAAGAUGGACUGAGAGUGCGUGUGUGGAAAGCAGCUGGGUCCCGUUGACUCUUCGUCCUCAUCCCAGUCUUCAUCCUCGGGACUUUCCUUCUCUCGUCUGCACCGUGACUGGAGCCUGUACUGAACGUCGUCAUCAUCGCCAUUCUGUCACGAGGAGGAGGAGAAGAGCAGGGGCCAGGCGGGGCCACAAGGGUGGGCAUCAGCGAGACGGACUCGAAACCAUGCCCACCUGCUGCUCUCCACACUGCAGUCUCAUCUCAGAGGAACAGCCCGGACUGAAGGGGGCGCUGUUCCUCAGCUCAGAGCUACACUGGAGAAACCAUUUUAACCACACACACACACAGACCAUAAUGUAGCUUGAAUUUUAGUAUCAGUUGAACCAGUAAUGAGGUUUAUAUCCUAACACAAGCUUCCUGGCCCCCUUUCUGGCACAUUUGGGGCGGGCGAUAUGACAAUAUUUUAUCAUUUAUCGUGAUAUAUUGUAGGUAUCGCCUGUAUUUUUUAGACACUAAGUGCAUGUGCCAGAAGAGAGUUAGACCAAUCAUAGAUUCUGUAAACAAGUGUUUAUUUUUUGUAAGCACUGAAACAAAAAAUAUUCCGUGUUUCAACUAUAAAAAAAAAAAUCAAUAUUGUGAUAAAUGUAUUGUGUAUCUGAAAAAUGUCUGAAAUGUUCUGUGAUUUAUAUGUAUUGCCGUAUCGCCCACCUCUGUGCCAAAAUUCAGUCUGAUGUUGAUAUUCAGAUUCGUUUGUUUCAGUUGCCAUGAUGAUCUGUUGAUUUCAGAUUUACGCUGCCUUUCAGAUCAAAGUUAAAGAGCAGUUUGGCCAAAAGUGAGAUGUACACGUAUUUCCACUGGAGCCAAAAAAAGUUUGGUGUUUGUCUGAAGUUUGAUUCUUUAGUUUGCCGUGAGAACUACGAGGCUAAUGAGGCUAAAACGGAACAAAAGUGCAGACCUGCUAACUUUUACGCAUUUUGCACAAGAGCUACAAAAUACGCACUCAAAAAUACACCAAGUCUACUUUUCUCCAAUCGACAAAAAUGAUUUACAGCAGUGUCGCUGUUCUGAACGCUCAGAUAUUAAUCGGCCAGCUGGAAGCCCUUUCUUUCAUCUCACGUUCGUGAUUGUUCAGCCGGUGCUCUCGUCGCAUCUCAUCUCGUCACAUCUCAUGUCAGUUUCCUUCUUGAAAGAUGCGCUGAUGCAAUGUGUUCGCUUUGUCACAGUGCAUGGAGAAUGUUUCGAGUUCAUAAAUUAAUGUGAAAUAAAA